AUGGAUGCCGAAAUAGGCAAUGGUAGCAAACAUUAUAAUGUCGGUGAUGUGGUUGUAUUUUCAAACAUCAAAUAUUCUAUUUCCGGUAAUGCUUGGCCAAAGAUAAAGGGUGGUUUUCGUCAAAAUGAGUUAAGGGUCCUAAACAAUGUGUGUGGUGCUAUACGACCCGGGCGACUCACUUUCAUCUUGGGACCAUCUGGUGCCGGAAAAACAUCUCUUCUCCGAAUAUUAGCAGGCCGAAAAAAGCGAGGUGUAAAGGGCUCUAUUCAAGGGGUUGGCAGUAAUGCGGUGUUAGUUGCGCAACAUGCAACUCUCAUUGAUGCUUUAACGGUGCGUGAAACACUACAUUUUGCUGGUGCACUUAAGUUAUCAAGGACGACGAGCUUUGACCGCACAGAAACGAUAGAGAGGAUAUCAUGUCAACUAGGAAUCCGUGAAGUGUUCAACACAAGAACAAGCCGUCUAUCGGGUGGAGAAAGAAAACGGUUAACGAUCGCCUGCGAGCUACUUACUGACCCUCAUAUCAUGUUACUUGACGAACCCACAAGCGGCCUUGAUUCUGUGUCCUCGAUGUCCGUGGUUAAAGCUAUACAAGCAGUGGCCAGAACAGGCCGAACAGUUGCUUGUGUCGUACACCAACCAUCAUCACAACUGUUUACGUUAGCAGAUGAUGUCAUACUUCUCGCAGAAGGGCGAACUUUAUACGCCGGCACUAUAACAGACGUGCCUGACGUAUUAAAGAAGGCUGGGUUGACUUGCCCUCAAUACUACAAUAUUGCUGACUAUCUUAUAGAAAUAGCAAGCAACAAGCAUGUCAAAGGCCAAGCAAUUUUAGAAAAUGAAGCUAAACUCUAUGUUAUGGAAAUGAGAAAAAUUGCCGACCCCUUAAGGAUGGAACAAAAUUUAGAUAUUUCAAAUGAAGCGGAUAUAUUGCUUAAUGUGAACACGCCAUACGUAACCAAUUACACAGCCUCUUAUAUACAACAAUUGAAGGCUCUCUUAUGGCGUGGAUACAUUGGAGCAUUACGAGAUGUCCACUUGACACAGAUACGUUUAGUGACACAUAUGUUAGUGGCACUGUUACUCGGUGCUUUAUAUAAUGGGGCAGGCGAAGAGGCUCAUCGCAUGACUACGAACACCAGUUGCUUAUUCUUCUUCCUACUAUUUCUGUUCUUUUCAAACGCUAUGCCUACUAUACAGAGCUUUCCAGUGGAAUCCACGGUUGUACUUCAAGAACACUUAAACAAAUGGUAUUCCCUGACAAUGUAUUGUGUCUCGAAGAUUUUAGUGGAUUUACCAGUGCAGUUAUUAUGCGCUACAGUUUUUGUAUUCCCCGCGUGGUAUUUAACGUCACAGCCCUUAGAAUUUCACCGGAUGGGUUUAGCGUGGGUCAUAUGCGCAUUGACGACAAUACUAGCCCAAACCUUCGGCUUAGUUAUUGGAGCUGCAUGUGGAGUAAAGCUUGGAAUGUUCGUGAUCCCGGCGGUCAAUAUUCCUAUGUUAAUGUUUUCCGGAUUUUUUAUACCCUAUGACGAAAUGCCAGAUUACCUACGUCCAUUUGCAACGAUUUCUUAUUUCCGUUACGCCUUCGAUGGGUUUUUAUUGACCGUAUACGGAUUUGAAAGGCCUAGCCUUACCUGCCACAAAACAUAUUGUUUCUUUAGACACCCCGUUCAGUAUCUUAAUCACUUAGGACUCUCUCAAAACUUCAACAAUGACAUAAUUAUUUUAAUCACCUGGAUUAUUGCAUUAGAAAUAUCUCUUAUUUGUGUUUUAAGUUUCCCUGCUGAUGAAAAAAGGAAAACGGAGUGGACUAAAAUUAUACAAAGAGCACGGCUAGAAGAGUUUUGGAAACCGUCAAAGCGAAGCGUAGUUUGCUCAAUGCAUUUUGAUGACAAAUAUUUUUAUGAAACAAAGCGAGGUUUCAGAAGGCUUAGGAAGGGAGCUUUUCCAAAUAAGCAUUUGGCCAUGGCAACAACAGCGUCAGAGUUAUGCAUUGAAACAUCUAAAAAUGCUUCGCCUGUUCAAUCAAACUCAGAGAUUGGUGAUGUGAAUAUUUCUGAUUUAGACUAUAUAUUUGAUACGCCGAAAAAAGCGAAACUAAGAUCCCAAUUACGCAGCAAAAAAUUAAUUUCACACUCGCAAAGAUACGAAGAUAACGAUCAGCUAUUUAAUCAAAAUUCAACAUCACCUAUUGAAGAAAAUGGGGGCAGUAUCGCAAAAUUAUUGUCUUCUGAUUUGCCUCAGCUACAAGAUUUGUCAAAAUAUAUCCCUCUUCUGCAUGCGGAAAAAACAGUUUCAAGUGGUUUACCCGGAGAAAAAUUGAUGAAAUUGUUCCUUAAAAGACAUCCGCAAACUACUAAACGGACAGAAGAAGUAAUUUCAAGAGCACGACUUGCAGUGACUGAAGAGUCUCUCAAAAAUUGGUUUAAUGAAGUCCAUGAGCAUCUUGAGUCCGAAAAUCAACUAGAAUUCCUAAAUGAUGCUACAAGAGUAUUCAAUCUUGAUGAAACAGGUGUGCAACUUUGGUCAAAAACUGCUAAAAAUUCUUGCUCUGAAAAAUUAUUGUAA